AAUGUAUAGCAGGACCUCACUUAUAAGUGGCUGAUAGAGCUAUGUGCUUCUUUGAAAACGAUUACUUUCUCACUAUUCUGAAAAGUUAUAAACCAUUCACAUUUCCACUUUUAGUUCCAGUCAUUGCUCAAAUAGCAGAUACUCAUUGGCAUAAAGUCUUAUAAGAAUCUUUGAAUGCUUUAAAAACUAUUCUUAAAGAAAUAGAUUAUCAAGCAUUUGAUAAGGCAUUAAAUACUAAAGAUCCUAAAUAUUUGUAUAUUAUUUAAGAUGCAAAAAAUCAAAAAAAAGAUAGAUAAAAAAUUGAAGAAAAAGUAUUUCAACUAAUCUUAUUAUUAGUGGAAAAACCUUACCAAAUAAGCAUUAUAAAAAAAUCCCAAUUUUAAAGAGCCUAUUGUUCCUUACUCAGAUACCCAUAUUGUUGGAGAACACAAUGGUCUUAACAAUGGAAAUAUUACAAUAUUAUGA